UUUUUAAAUUCUCAAUCGUGACGAAUCAUACGAAUAUAGAGCGCGGUAGAGUCCCUAGAUCUAAACGCGGCAACUGCGAUAAGACAGUACGAAUACGGGACUGAGAUAUACGGGCUACGGAGUGCAACUGCAAAUCACGCAGGCAUUAAUUGUUGAGUGCUUGUUGAAUAUUACGCGUGACGCGGACGAUAAAUUCUAUUUUUGGCAUUUUCAGUUUCCAACGUGGUUCAAAUUUUUAAGUUAAUGAUCUGGUAAGAAGAUAUUGUAAAAUGUGUGUGUGUAAAGUACCCGGGCUUGGUAAAAAAGCACAUUAUUCGGUGUUUUUCAUUGCUGUAGGAAUUGCAAUUGCACUGGUUGGUUUCCUAUCGGAAAGCGUUGAUGGUACAGGUGGCAAUGGCCCGCACAGUUGCAAAUGUGAACAUUACGGCUGUGGAUGUUGCCAACAUAUUAAAGUACAUCGAGUUCAUUUAGACGACACAGUCUGUGCGAAUGUAACUUACCUUCCUGAAGAUAUCGGACUUUCACUAACCAUCACAUUCGACUCUUACGCAGUUAUGAACACAACAGUGUCAGUUCGGAACCCUCCACCUAUCUGCAUUGGGCAAGAUUAUGUGAAAGAGUUGGAAGCUGAAAUUUGUAUACGGUUCUAUGACUUGGAUGCUAAUAAGCACCAUCUCCACGGUUGCCUCAAGUUAGACGUUGAGCUUUACAAAUUGAAACUGGCCCAUUACGACCUCGGUUGCUUCAACAUUGGAAAAAACAAUGCUACAAACAAUGUAAACAUGACAUCAAAUGCUUUGAGGACAAUUUGGUCUAAAAUCAAAGCACCACAAGUCAAUAUGAUAUGAGUAAUGCGAUCAUAUAUAUUAAUCUUCCAUUCAAAGAUACAUGUAUAAGGUAAUGUAACGUUAUUUAACUAACAAUAAGUAUUUCUAUUUUUGUAACGAAUAAAAAAUACAUUUAUUAAAUUUAAA